AUGUGGGCAGGCCUGAGCCCCGCCGUCACACUGGCCCUAAUGCUGGUGGUGGCAUGGGCCACAGAGCUCAAGCCUACAGCGCCUCCCAUCUUCACAGGCCGUCCCUUCAUUGUAGCAUGGGAUGUGCCCACACAGGACUGUUACCCUCGCCACAAGGUGCUUCUGGACCUGACAGCCUUCGACGCAAAGGCCUCACCUAAUGAGGGUUGGGUGAAUCAAAGUGUUACCAUCUUCUACAAUGACCGGCUGGGCCUAUAUCCACGCUUUGACUCAGCAGGACGAUCUGUGAAUGGUGGCGUGCCGCAGAACGGCAGCCUCUGGGCACACCUGAAGCUGCUACAUAAUCAUGUGGAACACUACAUUCGUAUGCAGGAACCUGCAGGACUGGCAGUCAUUGACUGGGAGGACUGGCGGCCUGUGUGGGUACGCAACUGGCAGGACAAGGACGUGUACCGCAAUCGGUCACGCCAGCUGGUGGCCAACCUCCACCCUGACUGGCCACAGGAUCGCGUGGGCAAGCAGGCACAAUGUGUGUUUGAGUUUGCUGCACGGCAGUUCAUGCUAGAGACAUUGCGCUGGGUCAAGGCAGUGCGCCCGAAGCACCUCUGGGGCUUCUACCUCUUCCCUGACUGUUACAACCAUGAUUAUGUGCAGAACUGGGACAGCUACACAGGUCGCUGCCCAGAUGUUGAGGUCACCCGCAAUGACAAGCUGGCGUGGCUGUGGGCUGAGAGCACAGCCCUCUUUCCCUCUGUCUACCUGGAUGAGAUACUUGCCUCCUCUGCCCAUGGGCGCAAGUUUGUCAGCUUUCGUGUACAAGAGGCACUUCGUGUGGCUAACACCCAUCACAACAACCACGCACUUCCAGUCUAUGUCUUCACGCGGCCCACCUAUAGCCGUGUGCUUACAGGGCUCAGCAAGAUAGACCUCAUCUCCACCAUUGGCGAGAGCGCAGCCCUGGGUGCAGCCGGUGUCAUCCUCUGGGGUGACGCAGGGUACACCACGAGCACGGAAACCUGCCAGUACCUCAAGAAUUACCUGACGCAACUGCUGGUCCCCUACGUGGUCAACGUGUCCUGGGCUGCCCAGUAUUGCAGCUGGGCCCAGUGUCAUGGCCAUGGACGCUGUGUGCGCAGAGACCCCAGUGCCAAUGCCUUUCUGCACCUCAGCUCCAGCAGCUUUCGCCUAGUGCCUAACCAUGGACCUGGUGAGCCCCAGCUACGACCUGAAGGGGAGCUCAGCAGGGCUGACCGUGACCACUUGCAGACACACUUUCGCUGUCAGUGCUACUUGGGUUGGGGUGGCGAACAAUGCCAAUGGAACCAUGGGAAGGCAUCUGGGAGUGCCACCCAGGCAUGGGCUGGGUCCUACCUCCCCAGCCUGCUGACUCUGACAGCCCUGAUCCUUACCUGGACCUUUUAG